AUGGGUGCUCCCGCUGCCCUCGGGAACGGGCCCCCGCCCCGGGCAGUGCGGCUGGGCGGGCGGGGGGACCGACCGACGGAUGCACCGCGUGUGGGGCGGCAGCCGGACGGCGGGCUGGCUCCUGUCAGCGGCCGGCUCCGCGACCACCCUUGGGCUCCUCCAGCCUUCACGCUGGCCUCGGGGACGGAGACAGACGAGGAGGUGCGAUGUCAGCGCUGUCCCUUCCGACCUGCCCCAUCCUCACCGUCACCCUCGAGGCGGGGGAGGCGGCACGGCCACCGCCUGCUCCCCACCCGAGCGGGCCGGCGGAGCAGGUGCGGGGUCCCUGCCGUGAGGGGGGCGCUCCCCAUCGUCACCGGGGCGCGAGGGGCGGCCGGUCCCUGCCCGCCGCAGUGCUGGGGCUGCUCCCCUCGCAGCGGGGAGGAGGAAAGCGCCGAGCCGCGGUGA